CUCUCGCGCUCGCAGUCGAAACUAAGCUUUGGUGAAGACAAGAUCGUUGCCACGUUGUUGGUUGACGGUGGGGCACGGUCCUCGUAUUGUGAGAGCACGAGCUCUCUCGUUCUCGAAUAAGUGGUCCCGUGAAAGCGCGUAGAUUACGACGGCACAACAUUAUCAAUGUGUCGCAAAGUGUGUGGGUUACACUUUUGCACAAAGCCCCUUUCCAACAGCUGAUACUACUUCCUACCAGCCAACAGUCACCCAGCUAGUCUGCCUUAUCAUAUCUUUAACUCGCUGCACCAAGUAGAGCUGUGGCGAGGUGGUCUGCAAUUCGCACAACCGGUGGAAUGCCACCGACAUACGGCAGUGGAAUCAUCUACCAGCUACUUUAAAGCAGCAAAUUCUAAAAUUAGCUUUCCCCCAAUCCAUCGAUGCAGUGCAAAGUGGCCAAUAUUUCGACGACGGAAAACGUGUUCAAAUUGAGUUUGCCUAGCGGCGAUACAACCGAUUGCCCGGUGACCCGCGCCAGACGGUGGCGACAGUGACCGUGACCUUGUUCUUGUUUUGCUUUGCUUUUCGGAAAGAGAAUAUUCACGGUGUCUGGCCGUGGUGCGUCACCGCCAUACCAAAACCCCGCCUCGGUUGUCGCUGCUGUUUUGGUUUUUGUUUUUGUCGUUCUUGCUCAUUUCAUGGACAUUUCGAGCGAGCAUCCAACUCAAUCGAAGCCAUUCUUUGAGAGGAAUUCCGCGAAAGUCAGUCGCCGCCGCUCCGACAGCAGCAGCAGCAGCAGCAGUAGCAUCCAAUCUCCGAACAAGGAGCCUGUUCCACCGACUUGUGCGGGAUCGUGAAAGUUGCAACGCCGGUAGGAAGUUUCACCGUUCGAAAAGGGAGAGGCUGCAGCAAAACGAACGAUCGCAAGAAAGCUGACGCUCACUUCGGGACCGAUUUGGGCCAGAUAUUCAACAAACCACUCCCAGUGCCCGGUUCAUAAAAAAAAUACCACCCCUAACACAACAGUGAAUAGCAUUGUUCCGAGAGACGAGCUUUGCCGUGGUUUAGUUAACGGGAUACCGUCCCUAUACGCUAGUUUCAACGGAUGGGUGCUGCGAACUUUAAACGAACUCCCCGUGAAGCAUAAGGAACUGACCAGACCGAACGUCAUCCCAUCAUCCCGACACUGCUGGUUUGCCAAUCGAUUGAUUGCUGGUACACAUAGUACAAGCGAUCUAGGCCAACGAGACCAAACGAUCUUCGUUGUUUCGCGUCCAGAAAACGGUGACACACGAGGAACUUUGCAGACCCGAUGGAACAUCGAAGACUUAGCAGGCGAUGCUUCAGUGGGCAUUUGCCGCUGGUGCUCACAGCGUUAUUUCUAAUAUUGAUUGCAGAAAUGAACGGUGUUUCGGCGAUCAAAUGUUACCGGUGCACGGUGGCACCACCGAGCAGGCACCAGAACAACACGAAACCACAGCUCUGCUCGAAAUUCGAAGAAUCCGACUACUACACGGUCGACUGCCCAUGGUCGACCAUGUGCGUAAAGCGUAUCUUCAAGCUGCAGCUGCUGAAGGGCGAACAGGAAACGGUUAGUCGAGACUGUGCUCAACAGAAAAACACCGAACAGGUCUACAAAUCGGGCACCGGAUGGACACCGGAGCAUAACAUUGAGGAACCGUAUACGGAGGGUUGCCAGACGAUCGACGACUCCACGUACUGCUUCUGCCGGGGGUCGUACUGCAAUUCGGCGACGAAAACGUCCGACUGGAGCAGCUACCACACCGACGCCAUGGCCGUUAUUUUCGUGUUCAAUGUGAUGAAGUACCUUCGCAACAUAGAUCACUGAUAGUGAUGUGUGCGAGCCGGGUGCGCUUACGCAGGGCGUACCGACAUAGGUUUCAAAAAGCGAGCCUUUAUCCAAAUGUGAUAUGAUAGUGCACUCUCCGAGCGGUGUACGAAUCGAGAAUUCUCAAAUCUAAACGUUUGCACUAAUAAAACAAAUCUUAAUAACCGUUGUA